UGAAGUUGCCUUCGAUAAUCGACAUUUGGCCGUUUGAUUAUCGAAUUGUCAUUCGAUAUAUAUAGUACUACAGUAUGGCUUACAAUGGAACCAAAUAGUUUUAGGUUUAAAUGUCAAUGUCAUUGGUAUUGAUAGCGGCGUGAUUAAAAUAUAUAUAUGUACAUGUAGAUAAAGCGUUAAACUUUUAUAUUGAAAAGUAUGUCAACGGACAAAGAUAACAGUUCCUUGAAGGAUCAGGAUGAAAAAAACAAGUUCAGGGUAUACUGUACAUUUUGCCCGUCGAAAAUGCUGAAUGCAGGUGCAGCUCGUCUGGUAAACAUCGAGUUUAAUCUACCCUAUGUACAACGUAAGGGAGAGGGUGAAGCUAAUCAGCAGGAAUCGAUAACAGACUAUUGGUUGGUGGAGGACAUGUACACAUUUGAAAAUAUCGGUGUCUCGCAUAUGGUAGACAACGUAAAGUAUUUAGCAUGCGCAGAUUGCGAAAGGGGUCCAGUGGGUUGGCAUGAUCUCUCCACGAAGAAGUCUUACAUUGCGUUGAGCAGAGUCAAGCACGAAUGAUUUAUAAAUAAAGGUAUUUUUUUUUUAAAUUUUUACGAGCUAUGGUUUGAUUUCUUAUCCAAGAAGAUACAAGAGAAAUAGAAGAAACGUCUCGGAGUGUUUUGGACGAAGAAUGCACAUUGCUAUUUAAGUUGAUAGUUUAAUAUUCAAUCACGUACGUUACAAACACAGCCGAAUAAAUCAGAUAAUCAAUCGUCGUUACGAUGUAAUAAUCAAUAAAUUACGCUUACGAUCAGAAAUCAUUUAUCAAUGUACUUAAUACGUAUGCGUUCGUGUGAAUCAAGUUUUUAUCUCAAUGCAUUGAAUUUUUUAUGCCGCGACACGUGGGGCCGCAAAAAUGUUUAUGCGCUGUGCAUAUCGGUAUAAUUAAUUAUUUUAUGUAAAGUGUUAGACGCGUGGGUACCUAAGUGUACAGUACUUAUAUAUGUAUUUGUAUAUGCAUAUAAAUCAAUGUUUUCUUAAAAAAUGAUAUCGAUAUUCGAAU